CAAAGCGCUGUAGCCAAGAAAUGCGCGACGAUGGUGAUGCUCGGUGUGCUCCAGCUUCCAUGCCGCCUCCGUCACUCUCUCUUUUUCUCUUCUUCCCAAAUCGCUUCUUCUCGCCCUCAAGGUGUUGCUAAAGUGGUUCUUAAAAAGGGCAAGACACAGCUCUUCAAAGACGGAAGUCCAAUGGUGUACAGUGGAGCUGUAGACAGGAUCAUUGGAAAACCUCCUCCUCAGACCGGAGAUGUUGUCAUUGUCGCUGAUGGCACUGAGACUCCCAUUGGUUGGGGUUUGUAUAACUCUGUUUCUAUGUUCUGUGUUCGCCUUAUGCAGCUUCAACACGAAUCCUCCAGAGAUCCUUCUUGUGCAUUGAACAUUGAGAAGCUUCUCCAAACUAGAAUCUCUGAAGCACUUCAGUUGCGAAAGAGUUUGGCACUUCCCUCUGCUAAUACUAAUGCUUAUCGUCUUGUCAACAGUGAAGGAGAUAGAUUGUCUGGAUUGAUUGUGGAUGUGUUUGGAGAUAUAGCUGUGGUAGCAUCGUCUGCUGCUUGGCUUGAAAAGUACAGGAUUGAAGUAGAGAGUUGCUUAAGAUCAAUUGACGGAAUUAAUCAUAUAAACUGGAGACCGUCUCUUGAUGUUCUUAAAGAAGAUGGAUUUGAUAUCUCAAGUCUGAAACAAACACAAUCAUCUACUCUCCCACAGAGAUCAAUGGUUGUGGAAAAUGGUAUCUCCUACGCAAUUUCGCUAGAGGGACAGAAGACAGGGUUCUACACAGAUCAGCGCGAAAAUCGUCACUUCAUAUCAACCAUUUCUGCUGGUAAAAGAGUUCUUGAUCUUUGCUGCUAUAGUGGUGGAUUUGCACUAAAUGCAGCCAGAGGAGGUGCUACCAGUGUUAUCGGAAUUGAUUCAUCUUUACCUGCUUUGGAGCUCGCCAGAGAGAAUGUCAUCCUCAACAAUAUGGAUCCAGAGAAGGUUGUUUUCUUUAAACAAGAUUCAACAGAAUUCAUGAAGGGUGCUCUGUCAAGAGAAGAGACAUGGGACAUCGUGAUCCUAGACCCUCCUAAGCUAGCUCCGCGGAAAAAGGUUUUGCACAACGCAGCAGGAAUGUACAGAAAUCUCAACUCGUUGGCAAUGCGAUUGACAACGAGUGGCGGUCUUAUGAUGACAUGCUCAUGUUCAGGGGCUAUGACACAGAGUGGGAAGUUCGUAGGGAUUCUUCAGAGCGCUGCAGCAAUGGCGGGAAGGAAGAUCACAGUGGUGAGGGAGGCAGGAGCUGCGUCUGACCACCCACUCGACCCAUCUUACCCUCAAGGCCAAUAUCUCUCCAAUCUUCUGCUUCGGGUGCUUUGAGCGCUCGGAAGUUUGGCUUCUGUUAGUUCAAAUUUUUAGCCCGUAGUUUGUAACAACUCUAUGUAUGGUUAAACAUAGAAAACUUAUAAAGGAAGAUUUGGGGACAAAAGUAAUAUAUUUAACUGGUUUGG